AUGGGCAAGAUCCGCACGAAGACCGUGAAGCGCGCGUCCAAGCAGAUCGUGGAGAAGUACUUCUCCAAACUGAACAAGGACUUCUACCAAAACAAGCGCAUUGUUAUGGAUGUCACUAUUGCCCGCUCCAAGAAGCUGAAGAAUAAGAUUGCCGGUUACGCCACACACAUUAUGAAGCGUCUCGCCCGCGGCCCUGUCCGUGGUAUCUCGCUGAAACUGCAAGAAGAGGAGCGUGAGCGCCGCAUGGACUACGUGCCGGAGGUUUCUCAUGUUGACCAGGCUAUCCAGGACGGCAUCCGUGUCGACAAGCAGACACUUGCCAUGCUGAAGCGUAUGGAGACUGGCGUUCCGCGUCACGUCCUGCCUAAUGUUGUGGCGGCACCGAACGUCUCGAAGGGCGCUCGCCGCGGUGGUCCAGCGCGCAAGUAA